UUGCUGCAUUUUCCAGAUGCUAUGUUUUCUUCUGUUUUGCUUUCUUCUUCUUCAAAUCUUUGCUGGUUUCUUCUGAAAUGACAUCUGGGUGGAAAAUGAAGCAGUAUUGGCUAGGUCUGAAACACACAGAGGCCCGAAUCAUCAAUGACCAUCGUCAACUGCCAUUGUCAACAUCAAUUCUAUGUCUAUGGCAUCUGUUCGGCCUGUAAAUCGGGAUAAUAUUGAGGAUGGCUUUGGCCCGCAUGCACCGUCUAGCGGUAAAGGCUCACAAGUCCUUCACACCAACCCACAAGCUAAGAGCCAGAAGAAGACUAGGAAAGCCCUUGGCCCUGCCACUUCACACCACAGUCCGCCUUCUGCAAUACCGCCUCCACAAACUAGUAUUCAGGAAGGACUUGCGACGAAUCCGAUUUCAAGUGUUUCAAGUGGUACAGAAUCACGUGCUGGUCAUGUUGAGCCACAAGUUCUUAAAAAUGCCCCCACAGAAAGUUCCCCUGGAACAGGAAGUACAUCAGACAACCAAAGGUUCACUGGGAAAGGUCACAGAAUUAUGGAAAAAAUCACCAACAUGUUCAAGAAGUUGAAACAAAAGCUGGCAGGUUAGACUCAAAAGGCCUUGCCUGAGAAAAAGAAGAUUCAACAUUUUUACGGCAUUUCUUAGCAUCUCAUGCAGUUUUGAGGAGAGUUCCAGUUUUGAUUACUGGAGUUCAUUCUUGUGUUUAAUUUCUCAUUUGACAUUUUCAGUACAGAAUCCCUUACAAAUAUACUCCUGGAAGUUAAAUGUAGUUUGAAAAGGGAGAGCAUAUUCAUAAUUUGCAUAUGCUCUUUGGGGUAAAUCAAGGAGUAUGAGUGAGGGUUAAGAUUACCAUAUGUGUAUUUGGAAAUAUU